GCGACGAUUCCCCGAUAGGGCAACACCGGUGGUAAGAGGGCGCGCUCUGUCGCGCGGUACUCGAUAUAAACCGCGCGCUUGUGUUGAACUAUUAAAACUUAAUAAAAUAAAUUGCGAAUAUUUUAUAAGUGUAUAAAAUCGUGCCUUUUAAAAAGCAUAGAGUAUAAAUCAGCUGAAUCGAGCCGUUUUUGAACUGGCAAACGUAGCGGUGUGUGCGUCAGUGGCGCGUCGGAGCGCGCACGUGCCCAGUCCCGCGGCGGCCGGCGACCAGCGCAGAGCGCCGCACGCGCCGGCAUGUGACGCGACCGGGAGCAUGCGGCUGCCGCUGCUGCCGCUGCUCGUGCUGCCGCUCGUGCUUGCGCGCCCGGCAGCAGCCGGGAUUUGUUGGACCGGAAUGGAACGUGGCGGUAGAUGUACCUCUGUGGCGGCGCUUCGCGUGGGAAGGGCGGAAUGUUGUGCGGGCGGGGCCAGAGCUCCUGCAGCAUGGAGUCCACGAGACCUGGACAGUGGCGAGAUAUUCUUCUACAAGGCACUGUCUGGUGGCGUACCCUGUACUGCUUGUGCUGAAUCCUGCGCCGGUGUGUCAUGUGGUGCGGGAAGGCGGUGCGUGGUAAGAGGUGGCAGAGCUAGAUGCGUCUGCGCAGCGACAUGCCGCCGUGCAGGUCCCGUUUGUGGAAGUGAUGGAAAGACUUAUCGAUCCCUUUGCCGGCUCAGACGAAGAGCCUGUAGACGUCCAGCCAAGCAUUUGACGUUGGAUUACCCUGGACCCUGUCGAGUGGGAAGCUGUGAAGGAGUACGCUGUGGCGGCGACAAACGUUGCGUGCUGGACGCCGAGUUGGGGCCGCAUUGCGUGCGAUGCGGUGCGUGCAGUGUCGCUGGCACGCCAGUUUGUGCGGUCGAUGGACGUACAUAUGCUGGGGCCUGCGCUUUGAGAAAGGCUGCCUGCGAACGUGGAAAGGCGCUACCUCUUGCUUAUAAGGGCGCUUGUAUAGCCAACGCUACAUGUGCGUCGAUAUAUUGUGGGGCGGGACAGAGAUGCGUACGUGGGGGCGCGAGUGGCGCUCGUUGUGUGUCUUGCGGCGCGUGCGGCGGCGGCGCGCGACGAACACUCUGCGGAACGGACGCAAGGACUUAUGGUUCGUGGUGUCGGUUACAACGUGCCGCCUGUCAUGCUGGGACUGUUGUUGAUCCACUCCAUCCCGGGCCUUGUAAAGGUAGCAAAAAUAUCACGGACAAUGUUGUGACUCAUGGGAAACGCAAAAAAGAUGGUACAAGAGUUCUGUAAUAAGUGCUUGUGUUGUCCGCUUGAAACCUACAACAUUCAAGGCUUUGAAGGUUCUUCAAGUUCAACACGCAACAUAUUUGGUCAGUUCUGUAGUUUUAAUUUGGAACUUUAUUGGUACUUAUAGAUACUGCACUGUCGUCUCUCUAAACUAAUUUUUAAAAUUCUAGCCAUAAACAAUCGUUUUGAUAUUCUGUAGUCGUUGUAAUUGAAUUGUAUCCGUGUAUUUGUUUAAGAAAUUUUUGGGCACCAUCUAGCGGCAACGCACAACUGACUUUGACAAUUGUCAACUCACAUAACUUUAUAUUCCUAUUUUAAUCUUCCGUAAAUAUCGGCCAGGUACAGCGUUGUAAAUCGUAAUUUAGAUUUAGUGAAAAUUUAAAACACUGUAGAUAACUUAACGUUUAAAAAUUUUGAGCACCAAAUCGUACUUAAUAUUUAGUCAAAAUAUUACUUUAGGCGUGUAGUUAGCACAAUAUGGUACUUCUAUGAUAGGUAUUUCGUAUUCUAGAAAAUUAUAUUUCUGUCCUGGUGACGUCACGGGAACCAACCUUAAAGGAUGAUCUUCAUCGAACUGACAUUUUAAUAUACCUAACAUUUAGUUAGAGUUAAUUUUACUUAACGCUUAUGCAAUAUUUAUUAUUAAGUUAUGAAUUAUAAUGAUCUAGUGCAAUAAUGUUAUUGAAAUUUGUGUGAAAUUUACGUUGUGUUUUGUAUUAUAAAAUUGUAACGCGAUCAUUGGAAAUUCUAAAAUAUUAUUAUAGAAUACUUUCAGUAUUAUGUGUACGUAAGAUUUAGAAUGAUAAUUUCGAAAAUGUUAAUUGUAGUAUAGCGUUACGUUUAUUUAUUUCCAAAUGUUUCAGGGAUAAUGUAUGAAUGUUUUGCGAAUUGAUUUUAUUAAGACUCAAGUCCCGCUUAGCUGUAAGUGGUGGAGUUAAAUAUAAGUAAUUUACUCCCCAAUACUGUAUUUUGAAUCUACUUGAAACGUUUCUUCUAAAUGUAAUGUAUCCAAAGAUGUUAUAAAUUCACUCGAAAUUAUUUGGUCUCAUGAUAGUUGCAUUGUAUGAACUCAUAUAUAUUUUCAUAAUAGUCUUUACGCAAGUAUUUUUUACAAGUUUACCGGAUUAAAACGCAUGUAUGUCUAAGAAAUUCAAAGUCGAUUUAAAAUGUAAACCUGACAUGUAUCUUGCGUGAUGCAUGAUUUUAAUCCGGUAGAAUUGUGUUUUUAUCUUUAAUAUAUAAAUUUAGAAUUUACUUUCCUAGUAGGCGUUAAUGUUAUAUAUUGUAAAUUAUUUAUCAAAAUUUACGUAGUUUAGCUGUCGACUUUAGUCUAACUAAAUCAAACACAGUAGAAACCGGAUAGUAUUGACGCAUCAAGACUUUCAUACCGUAUUAUCUUGUGUUUUAAUUAGCAGCCUAAUUAUACCGAGUCGAUAUCCUGUCGGAUAUUUAGAACAUAUGAAAUGAUUAUGAUCCUACAUUGGCAGCUCUGCUCUAGCUUCUAUCGGUCAAUGAUGUAACUAUAUUUCCACGCGAUUAGCUAUUUAUAUCGGUAAAGGCAGCAACCCUGAAAAGGCAAACCAAUUGAUAAUAUUGUUAUCGAUCCAGAAGUUACUUUCUGUAGUUUUAUAAUGAGCGGUAUUAACAUCCGGUUACGACUGACUUUUCUAAUUGUUUAUAGUGCGACAUUUGUGUAAAAGUGCGUGUUAGGUCUUUAAUUAAAUGAGUUUCCACUGCAUUACUCGUUAUAAUGCUCAGUUGGUGUUAAUUCUGUGCGGUUGCGUAAACUAAAUCGAUUCCUUAAGAAUUAUUAAAUUUCUCAAUUAUUGGCAUUUUUAUACAUCUGCUAUUUAAAAUAUUAUCUUACAAAUAAAAAUAAAUGUUCUACAAAGAGCCUUCAUACUCAAGAGAGUUUAGAGUAGAGCCUAGUAAUACCGUAUGUCAAAUCCAAUGCCUCUUUAAAGUUGCCUUUUAAAGUGUCAACUGUCAAUGUUAACCGUCUAAUGACAAAAACGCAAUUGAAGUCUUAACACGUGGCAAUUCAGAAUUAGCGCCAUUAUCGCAUAUGAAAAUGCAAGUUUUAUACAUUUGGAUGUAAUGCGUACUCAAAUUGUUAUAUUGUUUCAGUUUUGUUGACAUCUAAAAUUGUUAACGCACUAAAAUGAUAAUAUAUUUUCCUUGUUUCUUUAUAAAUAUUUUACACGGA